GCUGAGAGAUGGAGUGUUUUGUUUCAGGAACGGCAAGGAGGCCAGUGUCACUGGAUCAUACAGUAUGUGGAAGGAGGUGAAUAAGGUGUAAAAUGAAUAGAAAGGCAGGGGAAGGAGGAGUUAUGAAGGGCUCUAAAAGCCAAACAGAGGGUUUUGUUCUUGCUCCUAGAGGGGAGAAGGAGCCAUGGAAGUUUACUGAGUAUGGGGGUAAUGCGGUUGGACUGGUAUUUUAGGAGAAUCAUUUUAUUGGCUAAAUAGAGGGUGGGACUGGAGUGGGGAGAGAUAUGUGUCAGGCAGACUCACAGCACAUAACGUAAAAGCAAAAGAAAUCAAUUUUGAAAAGACUCUCUUAUUUUAAAAAAGAUUAAAAUUGACUGUGAUCAUAAGUUAGCAUAGUGGACAGUAAUCUUAGUACAACUUUCAUUUUAGGGUGAUGUCAUUGGCAAGGACUUUUUCACGAGUGGGCAAAGGGGAGAGGGAAAGGGACACGUUCUCAUUCAAUGCUGAGCUCCAACAAAGACCCACCAAUCUCCACUGUCUCCUAAAAACAUAACUAGGAUGUAUUUCUUUUUUCCAGCAUCUAUGACAUUCAUUGGGAUUUCAGGCCUUUUAUUCAUCAUGAGGUACUUGCAACCCCACUGGAGAAUACUUGAAGGACUGAAUGGACACAAAACUAUGUCAUAUGAGGGCUCCUGUGUUUGCAAGAACUUUCCUCACAACAUUACUAUGAGGGCUUGACCAGCCUACCUGCGCUUGGACAACAGCCAACCUGUCUGCUGCAGCCAACCCCGCGAGGCUCACUGGAAAGAUGUUUCCCUUCAAGGUGAGCAAAUGGAUGGGGUUUGGUUGCUUCCGGUCACUGCUCUCCCCUUCCCCUACCAUACGCCAGAAGAAGUUGAUCCACAAGCUGCAGGAGGAAAAAAACUUUCGAGGUGAGAUGAAGGUUUUCCGUGAAAAGAUCGAGGCCUUCAGGGAGAAGAUGUGGGAGUUCCGGGCAAAGAUUCAAGGAUUCCGGGGCCAAAUCAUGGGCUUCUGGGAAGAGGAAAAACCUUUUUGGGAAGAAGAGAAAACCUUCUGGAGGGAGGAAAAAGCUUUCUGGGAAAUGGAAAUAUCCUUCCAAGAAGAGGAAAAAGCCUUCUGGAAAAAAUACCAUGCCUUCUGGAGGGAGGAUAAAGCCUUCUGGAAGGAGGACAGUGCUUUGUGGGAGAGAGACCGGAACCUUUUCCAAGAGGAUAAGGCUCUGUGGGAGGAAGAAAAGGCUCUGUGGGAAGAUAAAAAAUCCCUUUGGGAAGAGGAAAAUGCCCUGUGGGAGGAGGAAAAAGCCUUCUGGGUAGAGGGUGGUGGUCCUAUCGGAGAGGAACCAUUGCUCCCUGAAGAUGGGGUCUUAAAUGCCAGUGGAGACCCAACGUCACCAAGCCAUUCCAGAGGCAGAGCUUGAGCCAGAGGAGCUGGGGCAUGGAGCCUGGGGGCUCCUAGUCUUAACAUCCGAGCCCUGGGAGCGCUCAUGUGCCAGAGAAGCUUUGUACCCAUUUGUCUCCUUGAUCCUAGGGAGUAAUAAAGUCCUGAGGGGAACUUGGAAAACCCAACUCCAA